CCGGUUCAAGAUGGCGGAAGAAGUUAUACGCUUGACGACGGUUUGUGAUUGCGACAAUAUUUACGACCCAUUUCAACAAACCACUUUACGACUGUAACGGAGGCUGCUUCAAAAUGGAGUAAGCUUGUUGAGUCGUCAACGAUUGGACGCGGUUACGUGUGACAGUCAUUAGAAUUGUGUGCGAUUGAGCUCAAACGAUCCAUGUGCACGGGGAAACGCAUAGCCCUAAAUCAUGGCAGAAGAAAAGAAGAGCGGCUCUUUAGGCUUCUUUUCAAGUUACGAUGAUUUGAGCGACAGUAGCGACUCGGACGAGGAGACGGGGCACCGCCGGAGGGAUCCGAGCCACAAAGCAGGGACAGAAGCCAAGGGAAGUGGAGCGAUCUCUGCAUCUUCCCAGCAAGAAAGCAAAGGAGAAGCCGGCGAAAAGCGGUUGCCGAAGCCCGACGAGCUCUUUAACUCGGUGUCCAAACCAGCGUUUCUCUACAAUCCUCUGAACAAGGAGAUCGACUGGGAUAACUUGGCGGUUAAAGCGCCAGAAGAGGCUCCCAGGGAAUUUAAGCCCUGGAUGACGAAUGCUGUACCCCCUCCCCAAAGCUAUGUAGCAGCAGAGCUAGAGAAGAUGAAGAAUACGAAGAAGAAGGGACCUCCCCCAGGCAUGGACAUGGCUAUCAAGUGGUCCAAUGUUUACGAGGACAACGGUGAAGAUGCACCAAAGGCUCAAACGGAAAAGGCCCAGUUUCUUCCUCCGGAAGAGCAACAUGUUGAAUCAGAUGAGGAGUCCAAGACGUCACCGUCGGCCAAGAAACGUCGGGUGGAGACUUUCCAGCAAAAGGAGAAGAGGAAGAGAGACAUGGGACAAGCCACUUCUGACAAGAGUUUUGUUGAAGAGGAAAAAAGAAUCCUCAGACAAAACAUUGAGUGAAAUCAAAAGUUGCUCCAAAAUACAAUUAGCUGUACGUAUAUAGUAUUUUGUCCGUUUACUCUUUACGUGUCAUCACAUUGAAAGUUGCAAGUGAAGUGUCAAGCUUUUGAGUAAAACUGGACAAGUGUCUGUUCAGUCAUGUAUUUCAAUGUGUCUUUAAUGUGUCCUACUGGAUGCCAAGAUGUUUUUGUGUAUGUGUUAUCAUUUUUGAAUAGGUUCAAACAAUAUCAACAUGUCUUGCUGUUAUGUAGUAUGCACGGGUGUACGGAAAGGGGUUCCAAAAUGUCUCCGUUCCAAGAGGAAGUAGGCCAUUUGAAAAACUGGACGAGCCUGCGCUGCAUUCGAUAUAGAUUGGAUUGAGGAAAUAAUGGUGUCUAUCUGCAGUGCGGCGCUCCUUUUUAACUUUUCUGUUGUGGCUAUGAUGCCAUUAGGUGCAUCCUACCUCCAUGUCAUUUAAAGAUUGCUCUGUCAUCCCAUAAGGGUUGGCAAGUUGCCUUCCAACUUGCAAUAUUCUUAUCUUUCAUUUUUGCCAUGCUUAGCAAUGCGUGUGUGGCCAAAUGCUCGGUCGGUCACUCACUGGUUGGAGUGCAAACGCUAUUUGUCAAAAGAGCUGCGUUUCGCUGCUUUUUGCACCAGAGGGCGCCAUCGAGCCACUGCUUUGGACUUUGUCAGACGUGUUUACCAAGUAGCUGGUGAUUUUUUUAGAUACUAAGCAGUGUGUAAACAGUGCCGUCAUUGUUGUGAUGUGAACAUUUGUCCAAAUAGAAGUACGUAUAGAGAACGUGGCUUGGAAUAUUCUUGAAGCACAACAUAACACUAACAUUAACACUGCACUUGGAAUAUAUGUACUCCCAUCAAAUGAACAUGUUCAAAAUGAAGGCUACCAAGAUC